CUCCGGAGCAUCUGGAGGAGGCAGGUGCGGGCGCGGGCGGCGGCGCAGAGGCUGCUGCAGGCGCGGGAGGCCCGGACGCGGUACCGAAGCCGCCGACCACGCCGGCUGCUGAUCGCGGGAGCCCACGGCGCGGACAUGGCGGGCUGGUGGCCGGCGUUGUCGCGCGCGGCCCGGCGCCACCCGUGGCCCACCAACGUGCUGCUCUACGCCGCGCUCUUCUCGUCCGGGGACGCGCUGCAGCAGCGGCUGCGGGGCGUCCAGGCCGACUGGCGCCAUACGCGGCGCGUGGCCACCGUGGUGGUGACCUUCCACGCCAACUUCAACUACGUGUGGCUGGGCCUGCUGGAGCGCGCGCUCCCGGGCCGCGCGCCGCGCAUCGUGCUGGCCAAAGUACUGUGCGACCAGGUGGUUGGCGCGCCCAUAGCUGUCUCGGCCUUCUACGUCGGUAUGAGCAUUCUCCAGGGAAAGGAUGACAUAUUUUUGGACCUGAAACAGAAAUUCUGGAAUACCUAUAUGAGCGGACUGAUGUACUGGCCCUUUGUACAGCUGACCAACUUCAGCCUUGUUCCCGUUCAGUGGAGAACAGCUUACGCGGGGCUCUGUUCUUUUCUCUGGGCCAUCUUCCUCUGUUUUUCCCAGCAGAGUGGUGACGGCACAUUCAAGUCAGCUCUUCCCUUUUUUCAUACCAAGGGGAGCAGUGCCAUCAAAGGGUCCCCAGAGAAAUGAGAAUUCAAGGACUCUCUUAAAGGGACCACACUGUUGACCUAAAAUACACAGGAUUGCCUGCAGACUGAAUACUUGAUUCGCCAAUUAUGUACUUCAUUUGGAGGGAUUACUGCUAUUUGUUGACCCACUUGUUUUUUAAAUUAUCCAUGAUUAUUUGUGAACUAUAUUCAUUUUUUCCUGUUCUAGUCUGAAAGCUUUACUUCUCUAAUAUUUUGGUUAAUAUAAAUACUAGUGGCAAAAUGGCAUUUUAGAAUUAUUAAUAUUUCUAAUAUUUUAAAGUGAGUUUCAGGAAACUUGGUUUUGAUUCUUUACAUUUCUAUUCUAAAAUCUCAGGUUAUCUCCUGAACAUGUUUGAGUCAGAUGAACUUUUCUACCAAAAAAUAGUCCUUAUACUGAAUUUUAAUUUACAUAUAACUCAAUCGAAAUGAAGAUUUAAUAACCAGAUUUCUUUCCCCAAAACAUACAUAAUUUGUUGCUAUUUUGAUACUAAAAUUUAGUAAGUACCUUUCUUUUUCUUUCUUUCUCCUUCCUUCCUUCCUUCCUUCCUUCCUUCCUUCCUUCCUUCCUUCCUG